AGACUAAUCUAGUGGCAGCCCUGUUUAGGCUCAACGCAACUGUCUAUUUACAUACGGACCGAGCCAGGCAUACGUUAUUAUCGACAUUGAGAGUGCUGUGUAUACACGUGUCUAUGUCAAGUACAAGUGUUAUUAUUUAGCACGUACCGCGACUUACAUUGUAUACGUGUGUACGUCGGCCUUUACAUCAUUGCAACAACCGAGGAAUAUUGCGUUAUCAUAUAUUGUUGUCACUAGCAUUUGACUUAUAUAGUAUAUAUAGGGAGACUAAGUUUUAGCUAGCUAAGAUAGGUUUGCGUCGACAGCCGAACUGUAUCACACAGAUACAAAGCUCACCACAUAGGAAAAACCUUCACUUCCGUCUAACAAAAUAUGGAGGAUAUAAAAGAUCAUCUUCGUGACGACUUCCAACAGUUGAAGGAGACGCUUGGACCGAUGCUGGAAUACGUCACACCAACAUCCGCUCUGGUCGGACUCGUGGCUGGUCUGUCAGUCUAUUGGCUGAUAAAGCGGAGCAAGUACAACCUUCCACCAGGACCUACACCAAUACCUCUAGUCGGCAACUACAGCCUGAUGGGGGACAGAGACAUCCACGAGAACUGCGUGAAACUGUCACAGAAGUACGGUCCUGUCAUCACUGUGUACAUGGGAACGCCCCCAAUUAUCAUUGUAAAUACAAUCGAAGCUGCAACGGAAGUCUUGGUUAAGAGUAAGGCGGAAUUUGCAGAUCGUGUAGAGUUUACAUCAGGAAACAAACUUUCGGAAGGUGGAAAGGACAUUGCAUUCGCGCAGUAUACCCCUACAUGGAAACUCCACCGGAAGAUCGCAGGUUCCGCUCUCAGAACAUACUUGAAGGGAGGCAAGCUGGAGGAAGCUAUUCACGGAUCCCUGUCACAGGUUAUCGAGUUGUUUGAGAACUUGAAGGAAGAACCUUUUGUUCCCCACUCCUACAUAGAUCUUGCUGUUUUCAACAUUUUCCAUGGACUUUGCUUCCACAAAGUGUAUAAGUUUGACGACCCUAGAUUCAAACGCUUGGUGGGUUUAGAGAACGAACUGCUAACUGCUUUAGGAUCAGGUUUCCUAGAAGAUCUGUUUCCAGUUUUGUUGAAGAUUUGGCCAAGUAGCCGAUUCAACAAAGCAAUGCAACUGAUUAAGCCAUUUCGUAGUAAUAUUAGAGACUUUGCUGACGCGUUAAUUCUGGCAAGAAAGGAGGCAGAAAAUGACGAAGAUACGGAACUCCUAGACCAACUAACAGAGGCUCACCUGAGACAGACUCUGAAUGACAUUUUCUUUGCUGGAUUCGACACCACACGUUUCACACUACAGUGGUUCCUUCUCUAUAUGGCUGCAAAUCCUGAAGAACAGAAAAUAGCUCAGAAGGAAAUCGAUAAUGCCGUGGGACGAGAUCGUCUUCCUGGACUUGGGGAUCGAAAUGCAAUGCCCUACACCGAGGCUGUUUUACAUGAGGUCAUGCGGAUUGCAUCUGUGGCACCGCUUGGUGUCCCACAUGCGGCCAGAAACGAUUCAAAAUUAUAUGAAUACGACAUACCGAAGGGCACUAUGGUCAUGAUAAAUCACUGGGCAUUGCACAAUGAUCCUAAACACUGGAAAGAUCCCUCAAAGUUUGAUCCCUAAAGAUUUUUGGACUCUGACGGAAAUCUUGCUCCAAAACCAGUCAGUUGGCUUCCAUUUUCCGCUGGAAGGCGGGUAUGUCUAGGAGAGAGUGUGGCGAAACCGGAACUUCAUCUCAUCUGCGCAACUAUUCUCCAACAGUUUGAAAUCAUGCUUCCACCAGGUGUCACUGCCGACUUCAGUCCAGAUAUCAGUGGUAUUGCGGGGUAUACAGCUAACCAUUACAAAAUCGUGGUAAAAAAGAGGUCUUAAACGAACUAGAAGGGUGCUGUAUGAAUCCAUCUCAACUAAGUAGAAAAGCAUGUGAAUCAAUUAAUGUCUAGAGAAAUAAAAUACCAUUCUUACACUGGGUUGGAGGAAAAGCUGUAAAAAAAACCAUAUGUCAAAUUAAAUAGAAUGUGAUUCAAUUAGGAUCAUAAAUAUCAAUAACAAUAUCAAUAAACUUCAUAUCUGUUACAACUUUUCAAAUGUACAAUUUGUAUCUUUUAAACAAGAUGGUAGAUUAUCUUAUCUGCGACUGCAGUAAAACAACUGUUGAAUUGCUUUGCUUUUUCCCUUUCAUAGAAAUUUUUCAUCAUCAACAAUAAUCAUUGUAAUUACGGAAGAUGAUUGUUAAGGCGGCACUUUUACGAAUACCUUUCCAGUGCUUAUCAAUGGUAUCCAUGUUAUUUUCGAUAGCACUUUUAUAAUACGUGGCUUUUGCCUCCUUCAUCAACUUAGCAACAUGAUUACCAUGUUUUUUGAGUCGGUGGUCAAGUUCACCGUUACGUUUUAAUUUGUCUCUCAAUUUUAUGUUUCCUAUAAUAUCACCAUCAAACCGUUCAAGCUGUUAGGGCCGACUUGAUCUCCUUUGAGGUUUUGGCGCAUGUUUAUCUAUGACAUUCAAGAACGAUGUUUUCCAGGCGUCCAAAGCAACGUUUACAUAUGUAAAUGUUUCAAUCACUGACGAGAGGAAAUGAGAAAGAUCGUUAAAAAAAACCUGCUUUUUCAAAGAUUUCGAAACAUAUAUAUUUUUUUCGAUUUUUUUUCUUUUUUUUUCUUUUGGAUUUGCUAUUAAUUAUAUUUGUUUGAAAAUUGAAUACUACAUUAACAUAUCCAUGACUGCAUUAUCUUCCAGACAACACUCGCUGGUUGUUUAAAAUUGAUGUCAACAUUACAAACUCGUGAAAUGACAAAACCCUUUCCCUUUUAAAAAAAUGCAUGGACAAAUAAUUCACGAAAUAAGCUGAUCACGAGAAGGGACUUGCACUUGUUAUGUACAAAUGAGCGAAGCACGAAAAUUCACAAGAACAUUAUAUGUUUCGGUAUUUCCAUUUUGUUUAGGUUUUUUUUUAAUGUUGUUUACAUUUGUUUAAGAAUUAAAUACUACAUAUUGC